UGCUCAGCAGCUACGAAGGCUGUGCAGAGACAGACCGCUGCAGAGCGCAGGGCGGCAAACGAUGUGAGCAAUUACGACAUUGUCCGACAAAGAAACAGAGCUGGAAGGCUACGGAUGCGAACAGGACAGGCACGGCUACAUCUCCGCAACGCGAUGAUCUGGCUUCAUCCAUUGCGAGGUACAUUUGUUUGAAUGGGCAGGUUAAGAAUCCCCAUCGCAUGAGGACUGGUUUGAUGUAAGGUGAAUCUGGUCGACAGUGCCUGGCUCGCUCCACGCCCCACUCCUGUGGAAGGAUGAGCUCCUCUGCCGUCGGGUCCCGCAUGUCUGUUGACAUCCUGGACGAGCUGCAGCUCUUCGCAGCCCAGAACCUGGAGAAGCUUGAGGUCAGCAAGUACUAUGAGGUCAUCAGAGAGCUGGGAAAAGGCACAUACGGCCAGGUGGACCUGGUUGUCCAUAAGAUCAGAGGCACAAAGAUGGCCCUUAAGUUCCUGAAGAAGAAAACCACCAAACUGAAGAGUUUUCUGCGAGAGUACAGCAUCUCACUCUAUCUCUCACCCUGUCCCUUUAUAAUAAGCAUGCUCGGGAUCGCGUUCGAGACUGAGGACUACUAUGUUUUUGCGCAGGAGUAUGCCUUAGCCGGGGACCUCUUUGACAUCAUCCCUCCACAGGUGGGACUUCCAGAGUCUGUGGCUAAGCGUUGCAUCCACCAGGUGGCGAUUGCCUUGGACUACCUCCACUGCAAAAACCUGGUGCACCGGGACAUCAAGCCAGAGAACAUCCUAAUCUUCGACAAGGAAUGUCGCAAGGUCAAGCUGUCUGACUUUGGCAUGACGCGGCGGGCCGGCUCACCGGUGAAACGUGUGAGCGGCACCAUCCCGUACACGGCGCCGGAGCUGUGCGACCCCGGCCGGCACGAAGGCUUCCGCGUGGACCCCAGCGCGGAUGUGUGGGCCUUCGGCGUACUCCUCUUCUGCACUCUCACGGGAAACUUCCCCUGGGAGAAGGCGCUAUCCUCCGACGCUUUCUACGAGGAGUUUGCACAGUGGCAGCGGGGGGGCUCGAACCCCGCCCCGUCACAGUGGCGACGUUUCAGCGAGGAGGCGCUGCGCAUGUUCCGUCAGCUGCUUGCCCUGGAGCAGGAGCGCCGCUGCUCUGUCAAGGACGUCUUCGCUCACUUCGGCCACCGCUGGAUGCUGGACGGGGAAGGCGGUGGGCCCUGGGCCGGCGGCCGCCACCAGGUGGCGCUCAGCUUCUCGGAGGAGGAAGAGGAUGACGAGCUGCUGGCGGACCGGAUGAAGCAGCAGACCCUGUCGCCGGCGGCAGGCGGAGCCCAGAGUGGCGAGGCGGAGGCAGGACUAACGGCUGCGCACCAUUUCGCCUCGGUGUCCACCGGCAGCUCCACGUCGUCCACCAACAGCUACGAGCGCAUGCCCAGAGACAGCGCCACCAACAGCCGCAUCCUGGUCACUACCCCUAUAGAGAUCUGUGUGUAGAGGUCUUCACUAAAUAAUACACAGCAAAGUCUUGAGUGCUGAAUUAACGCCCACACUGCUCACUUAAGCCAAGCAGUAAGUGUUAGUUCAGCACUGGAAAUUUUACUGUAUGUUUCCACACCUACACAUAAGUAAUAAAACGAUAAUAAAAUCACAAUAAAACCAUAUAAUAACAUGCAGCAUCUUUCAAGACUAUUGUUAACACCAUGCAGUGCAAUUUAAGAAACUAAGCAAAAAUGAGGUAAUCACCAGUCCAGUGGGAUAAAAAAAACUCUAGUUUUUCCUUGUGAUUAGUGUCUUUUCCCCCCAGUGAGAUGCCCCCUAUAGCAACUCUUUGGGGAAUGAUUCCUCACAGCUACUGCCUGUCUCCUAGCGUAGUAUUUAAGCAGAACAGAAGGAGGCGAACUGAGAAAGGUCUCCGUUCACAGGCAGACAGGUAGAUGUGCAGAUAAAGCGGACUGCAACCGAAAACCCCUCAGCUACGUAGAAGUGACUGUGGUAGCAGCAUUGGAGGAACGGUUAGGACUAGGUCUGAACAUAUCAUUAGAGCAAUACACGGUGCAAAAAAGAAUCACGGGGAAUAGGGUUGGACGUCCCGGAGAAAGCCUCUGGAAUAAAAGGAGCUUUUGGUCCAUUCCAGGGGGGAACAGUGUUUCUAGAAUUUAUAUUUGAUGUCAGUAAAAUCUUUUUGAACACAUGAUGAGAAGAAAAAACACUUAACUAUGGUAUUUGCUGUAUAUGACCUUUUGUGCAGUGUGUGUGAGUGUGGCGUGUAUGUAUUUGUGAGUACAGACUAGAUGUUUGGUUAUUUCAGCUGUUAUUUUGGAUUUAUCUAAAUUAUUUAAAAGCUAUAUAUUUAGAAAUAUAUUUUUUCAAUUUAUUUGUAUGCAGUUUUCAGGUUUAAUUUAUUUUGGUACUUUGUUGACACGCUUGUGCCCUAUGCAACCCCACUGCAAUGCCAAAACCUUUUCAAUUUUAUGUUAAAGAAACAUUAGCUUGUCUGCUUAAUAUUAAACUGCAAAUAGUAGAACACUUAGUUAUUCCUUUCAAGGAUAAAAUGCCUAUCUUCUCAUUGUAAUGUGUAGUCUAAGCUAAUGGCCACGCUUUGUAUUUGCUUUCAGAUAGAAUGGCCCCACUGACAGCCAUUUAUCACUUAAUCCAGAAGGGAAUUCUUCCAAUACAGAAGUAGAACAAACUGUAAUGUGUUUGAUCGGUUAUUGGAAUUGCAUUGCAGUGGGUUGCUUACUAGCCCUCGAUGACGAACAUAAUCUAUUUGAAGACUUCCAGGUUAAACAUAAGUAUUUUGACUACUGCGUAUUCCUCAUUUCAUGUAUUGCUUUC